UUGGUCUUUGGUUUGUUCUAAUUAAUUGAGCACCACCUCAUUUUCCACUCUCUCUAUAUAAUUGCCUCCUUCACUUUCAUUUUAUUCCUCCACCAUGGGAAGCAUGAAGGUGCAUCAGUUGGCACGUGGAUUCAGCUGGGAGCACGAACAGACCUCUCUUUCGCUUGGCUGCAAGCGUCUUCGUCCUCUUGCUCCUAAGUUACCUAAUUCUCCUACUUCUACUACCACUGAUACCACUAGCACUACCACUACUGUCACUUCUUUCGAUCUUAAGAGCUUCAUUAGACCUGAAAGCGGUCCUCGAAAACACGGCUCCGAUGAUGAUAUCAAGAAGCAAUCACCACCUCAGGUCGAGACGCACCCGGGAGGGACGCGGUGGAACCCGACGCAAGAACAGAUAGGAAUACUAGAGAUGCUGUAUAAGGGAGGAAUGAGAACUCCAAAUGCUCAACAAAUAGAACAAAUCACUGCACAGCUAAGCAGAUUUGGCAAGAUUGAAGGGAAGAAUGUGUUUUACUGGUUUCAAAACCACAAAGCCCGCGAACGCCAAAAGCAGAAGCGUAACAACCUUGGUUUAGCCCAUAGUCCGAGAACUCCGGGCCCUAAUAAUACAGCUAUAUCAUUGGAAACUAAGGGAGAAGUAGCUGAGAGAGAGGAAGAUAGUCCGUACAAGAAAAAGUGCAGAAACUGGGGCGUUGAGUGUGUAGAAAUAGUACAAGAAAACAGGUCUUCAUGUAGAGAGGAAGGAAAUGUAACUCUGGAGCUUUUCCCGUUGCACCCGGAAGGCAGAUGAAGGAGUUUCGAACAAAUAAAAAAAUGGAAAUGAAUUGUUCUGAUAAAUGAAUCAACUUUUUAUUUCUCUUUGUGAUCAUGAUCAUGAUGAUAUGCAAUGCAGCUUGCAUGAUUUGCUUUUCUUUAUUUAUUUUCCACCUUUACUUCAAGAAAGAAAGAACAAAUUGUCUCUUCUUAGCCAUAAUUCUAAUAUUGUUAAUUUAAUGAUCUUUGUUAUA